AUGAACGAAUACGAAGCACUCGGACACAUGAAACAAGUGCAUCGAACAGAGAUACCCGCUAAUCACUACUUCAUUCCACACCACUGUGUGCUAAAGCCGGAGAGCAGUACAACAAAGUUGAGGGUAGUAUUCGACGCUUCAUGCAAAACCACCAGCAACAAGUCUUUGAACGACAUACUCUAUGCUGGACCCACGGUGCAAAGCGAGCUAUUUGCAAUUCUAUUACGCUUCCGCACUCAUAAAUACGUGUUUACAGCGGACAUAGAGAAAAUGUAUCGGCAGGUGUGGAUACACCCUGACGAUCAAUAUCAUCAACUAAUCGUCUGGAGAAUGAAUCCAUCAGAUGAUCUUAAAUAUUAUCGGCUCAAAACCGUAACAUACGGUACAACGUCAGCCCCAUUCCUAGCAACAAAAUGCUUAGAUUACUUGUCCGAGAAGGCAAAGGAUCAAUUCCCGCUUGGAUCGUCUGCUCUAAAGCACGAUUUCUACGUAGAUGACUGUCUCACUGGAGCAAACAGCGUUGCGGAAGCAGUCCAAAUUCAAAAGGAAUUAAAUAAAAUACUGUUACCAUCCGGUUUCAAGCUCCGAAAAUGGUGCUCCAAUAAUGGGCAAAUUCUAACAGACGUUCCCGAAGCAGACACCAUCAAAACCGUCAAGCUAGACGAAACAUUGAAACACUACAGUGUCAAGACGUUGGGUUUGGUAUGGAUGCCACAAAGGGAUCAACUGUGUGGGCGAUCCCAGAAAAGCGAGGCGUCAAUCAUCACCAAACGCGUGGUAAGUUCCGAGUCAGCACAAAUUUUUGACCCACUUGGACUAUUUGCCCCCGUGGUAGUAAAGGCAAAAAUAUUUAUGCAAACGCUUUGGACGCUGAACCUGAGUUGGGACGAUGAGCUCCCUCAAGAACUUCAAAAUGAUUGGAAGAACUAUCGAUCGGAUCUCCAAGCAUUAAACAGUAUGCAAAUUCCUAGGCACAUCUAUAAUGAAAAGGUUCCAGUCCAUCAAGAAGUACACACAUUUGUGGAUGCAUCAGAGCGUGCGUACGGAGCAGCAGUAUAUAUAAGAGCUACCUACAAAAACAAUCAAAUUUCGGUACGACUUCUUUGCUCCAAGUCACGAGUGGCUCCAUCCGCGAAAGAAACUUUGCCCCGCCUUGAACUAUGUGCUGCGCUGUUGGGCGCGGAACUAACACACAGAGUAAGAAAGGAUUUGCGAUUACCGAUCGAGAAGGCUUCUGGAUACUUCUGGACUGACUCAACUGUAGUUUUGUCCUGGAUAAACGCAUCGUCGGCCGCAUACCACACGUUCGUCUCGAAUCGGAUAGCAAAAAUCCAAGCUGUCUCAGAUCCAUCUCAAUGGCGACACGUGUCCUCGGCAAACAAUCCAGCAGAUGUGCUAUCAAGAGGAAUUGCAGCCAGCAAAUUAUCAGAACAUACCCUCUGGCUGUAUGGACCACUUUUUCUACACGGUUCAAGUGACAAAUGGAUCAAGAGGCCCAUAAUCGGUCUAAGUGAUCUUGAACGGCGAACAAAACAAGUGAGUCUUCCAGCAUGUCAGGGUCAGACAGGGGAAGAACUCUAUAAUUGCAAGCAUAGCAAUAGUUUUCGAAGGCUACAAAGAAUUGUGGCAUAUAUGAUGCGUUUCUGUCACAAAAGAAACAGAUCAAGUACAACCACCCUAUGCAUCGGUGAACUAACUCACGCUCGUACUAUCAUACUGCGCACCAUUCAGAAAAUUGACUUCGCAUGUGAGUACAAGCAACUUGUUGCCCACAAGGCCGUGGACAAAAAGAGCGCUCUCGUCUCUCUAUUCCCCAUGAUCGGCAAGGAUAGUCUCAUCAGAGUCGGAGGGAGAUUAGAAAAAUCUAAACUCCCGUAUAACGCAAAGCAUCAAAUCUUGCUUCCUUACAAUGAUCCAAUAGUAAGAAUGCUGUUGCGAGAAAUGCAUGAAGAGAACAUGCAUUGCGGUGCUCAGGCGUUAAGAGCCAUUGCCAGACAGCAAUAUUGGAUUAUCAAUGAUAAAACAAUGGCGAGGAGCAUUAUACAUUGUUGUGUCAAGUGUACAAAGGCACGGCCCAAACUAAUGCAACAAAUCAUGGGCAAUCUGCCAGUCGACCGAGUAACACAAGCUCGACCAUUCUUUAAUUCUGGUGUUGAUUACUGCGGGCCAAUUUGGAUUCACCAUAAACUCCGUGGAAAGAGACCAGACAAGGCGUAUAUUGCAGUUUUCUGCUGUUUCGCUACGAAGGCAGUACAUCUAGAGUUGGUAAGCGACCUAACAACAGAUGCAUUCUUAGGUGCUCUUCGACGGUUCUUGAGUCGACGUGGAAGGUGUCAGACCAUCCAUUGCGAUAAUGCAACCAACUUCGUCGGCGCCAACAAUAAACUAAAGGCCUUAGAAGAAGCGAUCUUCACGGAUAAGGCACAAGCCCAGAUCAUCCACCAUUGCAAUCAGAGACAGGUGGAUUUUAAGUUCAUACCGCCCCGAGCUCCAUCGUUCGGCGGGCUGUGGGAGGCUGCAGUAAAAUCUGCGAAACGGUUACUAGUAUCAGUCACAGCCACCGCAUCAUUGACGUUUGAGGAGCUUAACACUGUAAUAGUGGAAGUCGAAGCAAUUCUUAAUUCUCGACCUAUUACGCCCAUGUCGUCUGAUCCUACGGAUGCGUCUGCAUUAACCCCAGGCCAUUUUCUGAUUGGUGAGCCUCUAACGGCCCCACCCGAUGUAAAUCUCUCCCCAACCAACAAAACAUUGGUAAAAAGAUGGGAAUUAGUGUCCAGACUUAAGCACGCAUUCUGGAAGCAGUGGUCAAUGGAAUACCUUCAAGAGCUUCAAACGCGCAACAAAUGGAAGACCAUGUCGCAGAACGUCAAAGAAGGGCUACUUGUAUUAAUAAAAGAAGAAGAUAACCUGCCGGUGAUGAGUUGGCCGAUGGGAAAAAUAGUAAAGACAUAUCCUGGCAAAGAUAAUUACGAUCGGACGUUCAUUACACCUGGUCAUUUCCUGAUUGGAGAGCCACUUGUAGCACAACCAGAUCCCGAGCCAUUAAAAAUAAAAUCCCUAUCUGCACAGUGGGAUCAGGUGCAGUCACUGAAGCACGAAUUUUGGAUGCAAUGGUCCAGUGAACACUUAACAAGUCUUCAACAACAUCCUAAAUGGAAAAAAGCAUAUCAAAACGUAAAAGAGGGCAUGAUGGUAAUUCUAAAAGAAGACAAUGUGCCUAUGCUUUAUUGGCCCAUUGGACGGAUUUUAAGGCUCCUUCCAGGCCCAGAUGGAUAUGUACGAGUUGUAGAGGUUGACACUCCAAAAGGUGUAUUAAAAAGAGCGAUUCAUAAUCUUGCUCCACUUUUUCGUCAAGAGGAUCCAGGAGAAAAACGUAAGGAUAUAAAUGACGAAGAUGAGAAGGAUGAGAAGGAUGAUCAGGAACCAAAAAGGCGCAAAGGCACAACCCUUCCCCUCCUGUCAAUGCCCUUGCUAAUCCUUCUACUGCUGCUACCACUAGCUGCGGCAAGUCCAAUAAAUAUAACCAGACGCUCGCCGCUGAACAUUGUUGGAAAUAUUGCCAGCAGUCUCUUUGGAGUAUUGGACACGGAGUAUGCCAAAAAGAUGUCGUUGACCAUUGAAAAGGUCAAAACGAAUGAAGAUUAUCUCUUGGAAUUGGUGAAGAAUCAAACAUCAAUAAUUGAUUCCACCAUAAAUAUAAUGAAAAGAGAUGAGGCCGCCAUCGACAGAAGAAUCAGAAUCAUGAACCAGCAAAGAGUGGAUUUAACCAACGCGCGACUUGAUUCAUUAAAAACCUUUCAAUGGCUCAAAAUAAAAAUGCCAACAGAGAUCAUUGAUCUACCACACCACCACAUAAGUGCCUAUGUUGCCUUGUUUUUGUCACUCGGAGUCAUAGUCGUUUACUUGUGGAAACGAUUCCAAAAGAAGACACCUCCACAAACGUCAUCAUCUUCAAAGGACAUCGAACUAGCAGAACAACCUCGGUUACUCAGCUCAUCAAGGAUGCACCAUCUGAUGCCUUCGUCCGACGCCUUUGAGAUCAACAUUGGAUGA